ACCAACUCUGACAAUUCAUCCCCGGGGUUCCCUUGACGAGUCGCUUUCUGUUACGACUCUAUUUCACAGGUGCCCACCAUGAAGACGACGUGGAAAGAUAUCGCUCCGGUGCCCACGCAUCAGGAGUUCUUGGACAUCGUCCUCAGUCGCACCCAGAGACAGCUGCCCACUCAGAUCCGUGCGGGCUUCAACAUCAGCCGUAUUCGAGGCUUCUACACCAGAAAGGUCAAAUACACCCAGGAGACUUUCUGCGAAAAGUUCCAGGCUAUUCUCGAUGGCUUCCCCAGAUUGCAGGACAUUCACCCUUUCCACAAGGAUUUGAUGAACACCCUUUACGAUGCCGACCACUUCAGAAUCGCUCUCGGUCAGAUCUCGACCGCUAAGCACCUCAUUGAGACCGUUUCCCGCGACUACGUCCGUUUGAUCAAGUAUGCGCAGUCGCUCUUCCAGUGCAAGCAGCUCAAGCGCGCUGCCCUCGGUCGUAUGGCCACCAUCUGCAAGCGUCUCAAGGACCCCCUCGUCUACCUUGAGCAGGUGCGUCAGCACUUGGGUCGUCUGCCCGCCAUCGACCCCAACACCCGCACGCUCCUGAUCUGCGGUUACCCCAACGUCGGCAAGUCCAGCUUCUUGCGCAGCAUCACCCGCGCGGACGUCGACGUCCAGCCCUACGCUUUCACCACGAAGAGUUUGUUUGUGGGUCACUUCGACUACAAGUACCUUCGUUUCCAGGCCAUCGACACCCCUGGUAUUCUCGACCACCCUCUCGAGGAGAUGAACACCAUUGAAAUGCAGUCCAUCACGGCCAUUGCCCACUUGCGCUCUGCCGUCCUCUACUUCAUGGAUCUGUCCGAGCAGUGCGGUUACUCUGUGGGUGACCAGAUCAAGCUGUUCCACAGCAUCAAGCCCCUCUUCGCCAACAAGAUUGUCUUCCUGGUGGUCAACAAGAUCGAUGUCCGCCGCCCCGAGGACCUGGAGCCUGAGUACCAGCAGCAGCUCGAGGCUAUCCUCAAGUCCGGGGAUGUUGAGCUUCUGCAGCUAUCCUGCACGACCACCGAGGGUGUCACCAACGUCAAGAACGCAGCCUGCGACAAGCUCCUCGCGGAGCGUGUGGCCCAGAAGCUCAAGUCUGGCACCAACAACGCCGGCACCCCCGGCGGUCGCCUGGGCGAUGUCCUCGCCCGUAUCCACGUCGCACAGCCCAUGGGUGGCGUGACGCGCGAGACCUUCAUCCCCGAUGCCGUCAAGACGCUCCAGAAGUACGACAAGAACGACCCCAACCGCAAGAAGCUGGAGAGAGAUCUCGAGGAGGAGAACGGUGGUGCGGGUGUCUACAACAUCGACCUCAAGAAGACCUACGACCUGGCCAACGACGAGUGGAAGCACGACAAGAUCCCCGAGGUUUGGAACGGCAAGAACAUCUACGACUACGUGGACCCGGACAUCGAGGCCAAGCUGGCCGCGCUGGAGGAGGAGGAGGAGAAGCUGGAGGCCGACGGCUACUACGAGUCGGACGAGAGUGUGGAAGACGCCGAGGACGCCGACACCCGCAUGAAGGCGGACCUGAUCCGCGAGAAGCGGGCGCUCAUGAAGAACGACGCCAAGCUGCGCAAGUCGCUCAAGAACCGGGCGGCGAUCCCGCGCAGCGCCAAGGCCAAGAAGCUGUCCCAGAUGGAGGACGCGCUGGACUCGGCGGGCUACGAUGUCGACGCCGCCGCCAGCCGGGCGCGGUCCCAGAGCCAGGUUCGCGGCCGCCCGCUCACGCGCGACGCGGACAUGGACGAUGCGAUGGACGUCGAUCUCUCGGAUCCUCGCCAGGCGAUUGCCCGGGCCAAGAGCCGCGCUCGCAGCCAGGCGGCGACGGAUCGUCUGCACGACGGUGUGACGGACGAGCAGGCGCGCACCAAGGCGGAGCGGUUGGCCAAGCUGGGCCAGAAGAAGAUGAACCGCAUGGCCCGCCAGGGAGAGGCCGAUCGACACACCACUGCCUCCUUGCCCAAGCACUUGUUCACCGGCAAGCGCACCAUCGGCAAGACCCAGCGUCGUUAAGCGGGCCAAGCAGAUGGUCGAUGACGAGACGAAGUCCUUUCCUCUUAAUACACCUAACCUACCGCAUCGCGUGCUGCAUCGCGUAUGGCAUGUGCGUGAUGCGCACCGCGUACCAAGUCCAAAGCUCAAUCCUCGUUGCAACAUAAGUGGUCAUGAAUUGAACAGGGGUGAUUCCAAAAAACUGCCGGGGCGUUUGGGGUGUUGUCUUCUUUGUGAUUAGUGAUCUUGAGUGAAAGAGUUGUUUGUGUGUCUUUCCUAGAUAUGCCUGGGUUUGUGGAUCCAGUUGAAUUGAGU